AUGGCUGAUUUCAACUCACCCGGCUCGAUAGCACGCAGCGUGGCCAAAAGCGAAAUCGAAAGCCUUUUCCACCGCUAUGCAGUCCUAGCCAAGGAGACCGCAACGCCAGAUAAAAUGGCACAAGUGUUCCAUCCAGACGGCGUGUUCAGACUUCCCAACGGCGUUGCCGUCAAGCCGGCAGAUCUGCUCACAGUGGUACAGGGCAACAACCCAAAGUUCAUUCGACACCAUAUCACCAGCAUUGACAUCGAGUUUGUCUCUCCGGAUGAAGCGCAUACCGAGGCAUUCUAUCUUGCUGUGACUAAUUUGUCGUCUCCGGAUCACUGGGGUUGCUGGAAAGACGUCGUCACCAAGGGACAGGAUGGAAAAUGGUUGAUUUUCGACCGUACUGUUGUUGUCGAUGGCGGCGAUCCGAAGGGGUGGUUCAAGGCGACUUAUCCUGGUUGA